AUGUCUGCAUAUACUGUUACUGCUCAAUGUUUGAGCCUGAAUGUGAGAUAUAACAGAAACGUCCAAGAGAACAAUGGAGAGGAAGAGGAGAGGCAGGUGGUGAUAUUAGAGGAUGAAGAGCAUCACGCUGAUCUCGGGCCACAAAGAGCCAGACCACACACUCAAAACAACCCUGCAGCCAACAACAGAAGGUGUUUCAAAGCUACUGCAGUGACUCUGGGAGGGUUUUAUCUUCUGAUGUUGGCUGGACUCUUCAUUCGCCUCACUUUGCUGCAGACCAGAUACGACCAACUGAGCAAAAACUACAGUCAGUUCCAGAAUGAAGUAAAGCAGCUGAAGGACAGAACUGAAGAGAUGCGGUGUCCUGAUGGAUGGACAAGAUUUGGACGCAGUUGUUACUUUAAAUCUAAAGAGGAGAAUACUUGGGAUGGAAGCAGAGCUGACUGUAAGAAGAGAGGAGCAGAUCUGGUCGUCAUAAACAACGAAGAAAAACAGAAGGUUGUCUCUGAGCUGAGUGAUGAUGGAAAGUUCUGGAUUGGUCUACGCCAUGAAUGGAGACAAGGAGAAUGGAGAUGGGAAUGGGUGGACAGAUCACCGCUGACAAAAAUGUUCUGGGCAUCAAGACAGCCUUGCUAUGACUGUUACCUGUAUGCUGCAACAUCCUGCUGUCGACAAGGAAAAUGGACACAAGGAUAUUAUAAUGAUUAUAAGAACUGGAUCUGUGAGAAAAAGAUCUGAACUCUUUGAUGACAGAGAGGUGUGUAGUGUUGGGAUCAGCUUUGUUAAAUCAGACCAAUUCUUUAACAUUUACUCAGCUGUUUAUUCUGUGUUGCUAAGUAACCUGGAUUAUAGAGAUAUUGUUCCUCUGCCCUUCAUAGUUCACAAUCUGGUUAGAAGUCAUGUGUACUUACUCUGUAGUCCUACAGGAUUAUUAUAAUAAAAGCUAAUAAAAACAUGAAUUAGCAGGUUGUCUUUACCUUGGUUUAUGUAGUUGAUAAUAACGUUUGUAAUCAGUUAGUUAGAAGUUUGUCCUUAGAACAUUUUACACUCCACACAAAAUAAAACACAGCCCUACCUCCAUCUCCCCUCCCAACCCGUCCUCACAACC